AUGUCUAAUUACAGUUCUUAUUCGACAUUUCUUGAUCAGGAUAUAGUUCGUGGAGUAUGUUGGUCUUUAGCCAUCAUCAGUAUGCCAUGCAACCUUAUUGUUAUUAUUCGAUUGCUCUAUUUUAAUUAUCGAUAUUCUAAAACGACUUCUAAAAAAUCGGCUUUUUCUCUCCGUCAUCAUCGAUUUGCUAUUAGUCGUAAUCCAUCUAUCUUUUUGCUGUUUAAUUUAACUCUAAGCGAUCUUGUCAGUAGUUUAUAUCUACUAAUCUUAGCCUUUAGCGACGUUUAUUACACUGAUUAUUAUCGAAACAAAUACGGAUUAUACCCUGAUUAUUCUAACAUCACCAACGAUUGGGUUCUUAGUUCUACUUGCACUUUCGAAAGAAUUCUCAGUCAGAUUGCCCUACUGAUAUCAAUACUGAUGACUUUUGUGGUUGCUGUUGAUCGAUUUAUUUUAGUUGUUUAUCCGCACAGUCGUCGCAAGAUAACAGUUAAAGGUGCGCGCAUUAUUUCUCUUGUCUGUUGGCUGUUUGCACUAGUUAUCGCUAUCGUGGCCAUUGCUUAUUCAUUGGAAAGUGUGGCAUCCCGCCCUAGGACUCGACGUGAUAUUCUUGCUCAACUUUGCCUUACCGAUUCAAGUCGAAGUUUUGUUGUUUUUGUAAUUACUUUUUUCGAGUUAUUUCUUGGGUGUAGCAUGUAUGUUACAGCAAUGAUAUUAUAUAUCAUAAUAUGUGUCAAAUUAAAGCAAUCAAAACAGUUUAGAUCCGAUUCAUCUAAUCGUAUUGAGAAGCGAAUUAGCAUUAUUUUGGCGUCCGUGGUAUUUACUAAUGUUUUCACGUACCUACCAAUCACACUAAUUUCUAUACUUGGUCGUUAUAUUCCUGGCUUCAACUCCGGCCAGUUGUUUCCAACACUGGUUAUUCUACUGUACUUAAAUGCUGCAGUUAAUCCAAUCCUCUUAUUGACAAUGAGUGCUGGUGCCGUCUCCAAUGGUAAUGGCAAUAAAAUUAUUCAUAGUGGAACGAAUACAUCUGGCAAAAUAAACACGACAUAA